AGCAUUAUAUAAUGCCUCUAAUGUCCUUGCAGGAAGAGGAGGCCCUGUUGAAAGCCAGAGGAGUGAUUGAUGACUACAGCGACGACCAGGGUUUGGUCCUGAAUGAUGCCUCCGACCUCCUCGCUUCGGCCCCCCAAGCUAAGCCGAGGUCCUUGCCGUCUAGUGCUGACCCCUGGGCAGGUGACCCUUCUGCUGGAACCCCCAGCAGGGACUCAGGUGCCUCUCGAGACCCCCUGAAGGAGUUUCGCAGACAGAAGGAGGAGGACCAGAGGAAGCCGGCUGUGGAGGCAGGCAAAGGCAAAGCUGACCAGACUCCUCAGGGAAAGCAGCCAGCUAAGGUGCAAGCCACACCCCCCAGUGCUCCAGCCAAACAGGUCCAGAAUCCACAGCCUAAGCCAGCCUCCUCACAGACCCCAGCCCCUCAGGGACCUAAGAAACCUCAACCAGCAGCAGCUAGACCACCUACAGCCACACCAGGCCAGCAGGGAGCAGCGUCUGAGAGCAAGGGAAAGCCAGUGGAGAACCAGACAAAGCCCCCCGAUCCCAUCAAGAAGCCUGAGGCCCCUGUGGCACCAGAGGACAGGAAGCUUGAGCUGGAAGGAGCCCCCAAGCUGCGCAAGACGAACCCCCUUGACCGUGUCGUUGCCAAGCUUAGUGGGAGAACAGAGCCCAAGGAACCUCCUCAAAGCACAGCUCAAGCCAGUAGUGAAGGGAAGGCAACACCAAAGCCAUCAGAAAUGACACAGAAGAACCUGACCGUGAACCUGAAUAAGCUAAUGGAGAAUGAGGAAACAGAGGAGGAGGAGAGUCAGACUGCUGCCAGUAAAGAAGAGCAGAAAGUGAAGAUAGAUUAUGCUGAAAUACAGAGGAAAAUUCAAGAAGAGACGUCUAAGUUCCGUGUGGCUGAGGAACAGAAGAUCCGCAAGCAACAGGAGGAGGAUUUGAAAGCACUUAGGGAAAGACUCAGCAAGGAAUUCAGAGAUAUGGAGGAAAAGAUAAGGAAGGAAAAUGCAGCCGCACUCCAGAAAUAUCAAGAGGAGGAGAAGAAGAAAAUUCAAGUGGCACAAAAGCAGCUCGAGACACAGCUUCAGGCGGACCACAGAAAGAAGACAGAGGAGAUGAAAGCCCGGCUGAAGAAGGAGGCCGAGGAGGAGAGGGAGAGAAUGGCCAGCGCCUUGAGGAAGGAGAAUGAGAAGGAGCUGGAGAAGAUGAAGAUGGCGUACGUCCAAGAAAUGCAGAAGAGAAAGGAGGAAAUGCAGCAGGAGCAUGAAGAGGAGAUGCAAGAGCUGGAGAAGGAGCUAAAGGCACUGUAUCAGGAGCAGAAGGAGGCAGCGCAAGCGGAAGUCGGGGCAACAAAAGCUGCCAUUGCUACCAGGAACAGCAAUGAGGCAGCAGCAGUGGCAGACCUGGAGCGCAGCCUGACAGAAGUGUUGCGAGAACGGCAGGCUGACGUGAAGAGGGAGCACCACAAGCAGCUGACUGUCCUCCGAGACGAGCUGGAGGAGGAGCUUGAGAUGGCAGCAAGACAAGCUAAAGAGAAGGAAAAUGCUGAGAAAAAGGCUCAUGCAGCUAGACUAGCACGUCUCAAGGAAGAGAACGAAGCAGAGGUUCGUCAGAGUGAAGAAACUCACGAGCAAGACAUAAAGGAUUUAGAGACGCAGCAUGAAGAGGACCUGGCCAAGCUCAAGGCUGACUUCAAGGCAGAACUUACCCUUCAGAAGACAGAACUGGAGAACAAGCUGACAGAGUUUAGAAUAGAAUAUGAGCAGAGGAUGAGCAGUAUGGAGAAUGGAGAAGAGAAUGUCUGUGAGGAAGAGAUGGAGAGGGAAGACUUUGUGAAUGAGGAUUCCUUACAGUCCCAGAGCAAUGUCAGAGAGAGAAAGGCUGGUAAUGUCACCAGUGUAAAAGCAGGGAGGUUAAAGGAUGAAGAAAAGAAGUAUGACCAGAUCCUGAAAGAGUUACGAGACAGGAGGAUGAGCCUGGAGGAGGACCUGGAAGAGUUGAAAGCACAGGAGAGCAAAGUGAAGGAACUCAAGAAGCAAAAGCAAGUGGUAGACCCUUCCAGUUGCUGUGAGGCAGGUCCUUGUCUCCAUGAAUCCAAGUACAAGAAAAUGAAGGCCAGAUACUCCUCUUUAGUCAGUCGCAUCAAGUCUGAAAAAGCCAAGAAGUCUCGAAAGAUGGCUGCAGCUCAGGAGUUGAGUAGCCUCGACAUGCACUCACUUUCAGGGGACAGAAAUAGUACAGAAAGCCAAGUGAAUAUGUCUGAUGGGGGGCAGCAGUCUGACAUGACAUCUAGCCUACUGUCGAGCCCCAAGCCUUCUCCACAUCACAUCAAAAGCACAAGCGAGGCCAGUGAGGAUGAGGAGUUGCAGCUGGCUAUGCAGGUCAUGGGGAAAUACAGCAGAAUUUCAGAUUACAGCCCUGCUCCUCCCUCGCACUUGUCCACUGUAAAUGGUAGCUUGAAGCAUACAAUAACCAAACCAAUGGUAAGCACCCCUAAAAAAGCUUGGCUGGAAGAUGACUUGCUGGCACAUGGCCGGAAAGUGCUGAGCAAAACGGAGAAGUUUCUAAGAGCAAAUCAGCUCCGAGACCACACAGGAAGCAGAGACAUAAAAGCAGAAGACAUCCAGAGGGAGAUUCUGCGCCAGAAUGCAGACUUUGAAACACUUCCUUCGAGAAAGAUUCCUUCUCGCCGUCUGUCCUUGGCUCGUGGAGGGGGGGGAGGAGGAGGGGGAGGAGGAAGAGGAGGAGGAUCUCUAACCUCUGACACAGAAUCUGACGAACCUACACAGGAAGUUCCAUCGGGGUCGUCAGACUUCGGGCUCGACCAGAUAUUAGCAAAAAUUAGCUCAGAGAGCAAGCAGUCUCCUGUGCGUCAACGGCGGCGACCAUAUGGAACCCACGAGUCCACCAGGCCACUACGAGCAACAGCCAGCCUUGAGCGUGGUCUCAACAACAUCUCUUAUCCUCUGAAUACAUAUUCUUCUGGCUACAACACAGUGACACCAACAGGACCUGUUCCUGGUAGACUGAACCACUUGAAUGCCGGUUCUGUUCCUGAUCUUGGGCCAGAUACAGUCGACAGAAUUGCUGGGGUCAACCAGUACUUACAGCAGAGGUGGACUAAUUAUUUUGGAGAGCUUUCUGUCCCAUUAGGAGGAAAGGCAGGCUGGCCCUCACAGGUCAUAGGUCAGUCAACCUUUUUCUUAAACAAGAACAGCACCUCUAAAUUUUUCCACAAAGGUGACGUGUCUUCUUCAGCCACUGGGAAGAAUCAUUCUCCAUUUGUGGCUGCUGCUGGCAUGACCACAGUCACUCAUCAAGAAGACGUCAAUAUAACUCAGAAAAUUGAUGACCUGCGUGCUUGGUUAGACAGCGCCCAGGCCACCUCAGCAGUUCUGAGCAAUGCAAAUAAGUGAGCAGGGUGGCUUAUUGGUGCACCCAAGUGUGAAAUUUCUGUGACUGGUUGCAACCCAUUUUGGUCUUCCACAACCCACAUACCGGUACUGUGCGACAGGAGGGAUCUUUGGUGAACAAAUUUGUUCAGAAAUAUUCACACUCUUCGUCUUUAGGUGCAUGAUGUAGUUAUGUAUUAAUAUGACAACCAAUAGCCUUGUGCUCAAUACAUUGUUAAGAGUAUUGAAGCCUUAAGGGAGAUUUUGAUGCCUCUUACUGAUAUAUUACUUUCCAUGGGAAAGUGUCAUGUUCAGAGAGUAUUUUCCCUGAGUCUAAGGGAAAAAUUUGUGUGAACUAUUUUAAUGGUUGAAAACCAAAGAUGUAAAGGGUCCUCCUGUAUGUUUGCUUUUGUUUAAUACCUUGUAAAUAUAUUUUAUGGAAAAAUAAAAACAGGGUAGCAGUGCAUUACUGUAUAGAUCUAAUCAAGAAGUUGAUUGAUACAUUUGAUGUGGUAAUGGAUGAAACCAGUGAAUUUGGCUCUGAAAACCUUCAUCUGACUGAAUAUACCGAUUUCAAGUGCAUAGAAAAUCAAUUGUGAUAACUUGGCUAAUCUCAGAGUAACAUUAGUCCGUCCAGAAUCUGCCUUCAAGAGUUAUUCCAUCCUUUGCUGAAAGGAUUAGAAGAAUUCACUUUGUUUCAAAGAGGAAUCUAUAUCAUCUUUCAGAAAGGUCAGCUGAAAGAUAGAAGUAUUUGAUUGUUUCUUUUCCCGGUACCUUGUAGUUAUGAAUGAUUGGCAACUUCAUUGUUUACCAUUAAGUUUCAAAUAAAAGUACUUUAGUUGGAAUAGGGAAAUCAGUAAAUUCCUAGAAUUGGUGAUAAAUGACAAAACGUUCUGUGUUGAGACAGUGGCAGAAAAGUUUUGUGCAUAAUGUGUUUAUACCAGAAUUGUUGAAGAGAUGAUAUUCAGAACAAAAUCAACAACUUCCCAGAGAAAUAGGGUGUCAUUUUAAGCAAUACAAGUUAUCCUGAGUAUAAGUAUCAAAGCAAGAAGAAUGCAGAAAUCUAUGACUCAGAUAAAUUUGAUGUUUCCUUUGGUGUUGAAACAGAGUUCAAAUUUUGAGAUUUCUUUCCCCCCUUUUUGGCCAGGGCCAGUAAAGUUUCAUUACUGAUUUUUUAGAGUGUGGUUAUCUGUCGUUAAUCUCAGUGCAUGUGGUAGAAGGAAUGGUAUUUGCACUGAGCCAUAAAACAGCAAGAACUUUAUCCAUCCAGGUAGUGCCAUAAAAUGUGGUUCUGGUUUAAAGAGCUACAGUUUAAGAAGACUGUAAAUAUUUUUGUAGAUGUACAAAAUAAAUUUGUUACGAGUUA